AGUCUUCUCCACCCGGUCCUCGGCAUCCUGAGGUGUGAGAUUGUUUUCUCGCACGUCAUCCUUAAUCCAAUUAUUAAAUGUAAUAAUUUCCAGCCAUGAAGCUCCUCCUUAUCCUGCUGCCCGCGUUGGCACAUGCCCGCUUCAACAUCCGCAUCGACGUCGCAACUCGCGAGAGUGACGUCAACGUCAACUUGCUCGGAGAAGACGACCACAUCAUCGAUGAUGCUGAGACCAGGGAGUUCAGGCUGACCGACUAUUCGCUCAAGUCGGCUUGCUCGCAGUACUACGGGCCAUGGCCCACGGAUGUGUACAUACACUCCCCGACCCCGUGGAGCGAUCUGUACCAGCGGUACGGCUGGGCGCAGGUCCACAGGAAACUAAAGCCGGUUAAGGCUACUAUCCUCGGGAUCCACAGCCAGCCGGAGAUAAUUGCAAAUCAGCGCUUCAGGAACAAUGUCACCAAACGAGUUGACUACAAGGCCGAGCUCAGCCAGUCAGUUUCCAACACUGUUUCAAACAGCUGGAAUAUGCAACACGAGAUCAAAAUCGGACAGGACAUCGAAGUGGAAUUCAAAAUCCCUAUUGGCUCGGUUGGCGGGAAAACCUCAUUCUCUUACACCCACCAAUGGGGCAAGAGUGGCAGUGACUCUCAGUCGAUUACUCUCACGGCGAGCGCGGGUGUAACAAUUCCCGUCGAGCCUGAGGAGACAGUAGAAGCCAUCAUGACCGCGUCCCGAGGCACCAUGGAAAUAGAAGUAGUCUACGAAGCCACAGUGGACGGCGACGUGGCAGUUAACUACGAGGACACCUGGAACGGGCAUUACUUCUGGAGAUACGACGUGAAUGCCGUCAUGGCGAGCGGCGGUCUUCCCCGCACGCUGCAGGUCACCGAGACACUCAAAGUCGGUUUUUACGCCGACGUCGAGAUUGAGGUGCGCCAGAAGAAUGGCAGGCGUAAGCUGAUGGCGGAUAUCACGUUUUAAUUGUUUUUGAUGUUUAAUUUGUUGCAAAAAUAAAAUGAGUUUAUGA